AUGGGCGGCGAGCGAAGGAUCAAGUCCGUCGCCAUCAUUGGCGCCGGUGCCGCAGGCGCUGUUACUGCUGCCGCAUUCAAGGCCGAGAACUAUUUCGAGCGGAUCCAAGUCUUCGAACGGCGGGAGUCCGCUGGUGGUACAUGGAUCUACGACCCAAACCCGGCCGAGCUUCCUCCACUUCAGCCUGGAAGCCUUCCGCCGGAUGUCGAUCCCGCUGUGGAGAUCCCGGGCGAGCUGCCCCAGGUCAAGCCUCACAGCCAGAGGGAGCGAUACACCCAGACCCCAAUCUACCGCUCUUUGACCACCAAUGUCCCUGACAUUGCAAUGUCUUUCUCGGACUCAAGGUUCGCCUACGGCCCCUUUGCGCCGCACUGGGUCCCCCGGCAGUACAUCGAGAACUACUUCUCACUGCACAAAACGGACUCCAUUCUGGUGCUCAACACGACCGUCGAAGACGUCACCAGGAUCCCGGCAAAGGACAGACCUGAGCAGUGGAGGCUGACACUGCGCAAAUUCGACGCCGCGCGGAACGUCGACAUCUGGUGGCAGGAGGUCUUUGACGCCGUUGUCCUCGCCAACGGGCACUACUCGGUUCCAUAUGUGCCUCACGUCAAGGGACUGGACGAGUAUAUCAAGAAGUUCCCGGGCCGAGUGGUCCACUCCAAGACCUACCGCACCCCGGAGCCCUUCACCGGCAAGAAGAUUGUGACCAUCGGCAACUCCGCGUCGGGCCACGAUGUCACGGAGGAGCUGGUCAAGACGGCUCGCACGCCGGUGUUCCAGUCCCGGCGUUCGAAAUCGCGAUGGGACGCCGACGAGCCGCCGCCGGGGAUCGAAUGGAAGCCGGUCAUCAAAGAGUACCACCUGGACGGGCGGAUCGUUUUCGAGGACGGCUCGCACCUCGACGACGUAGACCACGUCAUCUACUGCACGGGCUACAAGCCCUCGUACCCAUUCUGGAACUCCGAGGCCAAUGGCGGGAGGGCGCUGUACGACUAUAAGGAGGGCAAGCUCAUCAAGACGUUUUGGCACACCUUCUUCCAGGAUUUCCAGACGCUUGGCAUCGUCGGCAUGCCGCGGGUCCUGACGUUCCGCAGCUUCGAGUACCAGGCGAUCGCGCUGGCCCGCGUCUUCUCGGGGCGGCACUCGGUCGCGCUGCCGCCCGUCGAGGAGCAGGAGCGCUGGGAGAGGGAGCGGGCGGAGCUGGUCCGCAAGGACGGGCGCAAGUUCCACGACAUCGCGUGGGAGACGGGCGAGACGUUCGAGUGGCUCAACUGGCUGUUCCGGGUGGCGGGCCUGCCCACGCUCCGGGGCAAGGGACGGACGCCGCCGGUGCUCUCGGAGGAGCUGAUCUGGGCCGUGGAGCACGUGAGAAAGUACGCCGAACCCGGGAACCCCAUCGACGGCGACGAGUCCAAGGAGAAAAAGAAGAAGGAGGCCGAGGUGGCGGGCACGGGGUUCUACGGGGACGGCCACGAGCAUCGCGCCGAGGAACAGAAGGGGAAGUGGCUCUUGGUGCAGAGGCCCAAGAAGGACUUGUUGGGGUUCAUCUAG